AUGGAGAUCUGUUCCUGGCUCGCGGUCUAUAUACAGGCCAACAGGGCUAGUAUAUCACCGAGCUACAUUCCCAUGGCAGAGGAAGGACGCGGCCAGGGUGCGGGAACGGCGCGGGGCCGAACAGCGCGCACGGCCACGCAGGCGGCGCAUAAACUGAUCCAGCGCUUUAUGUCGUCGUCAAUGCUAAGCCACCACACCUUACCGCUCGCGACGCUUUUCAUCCUGCGCGGCGCGACAAGCUAUGGUCCAAAGCAGAUCGUUCCAACACUGCCUACCCGCAAAGAACUCGAAGCAUAUGAAGGAUACCUGAAGCAUAAUUCAAGAAGAUUUUUUUGGUUUUUGAUUCCCGUUUUGUUUAAGGUAGUAAAACUUGCGGCAACAGCAGGGGCAGCGAUAGCAGCGAAGGUAUCAGCUGUAACGGCAAAGGUAGCAAUAGGUGUAGCAAAAGCAGCAAAAGUAAUAAAAGUAGUGAAACUGGCAGCGAAAGGGAUACAAAUGGUGAGUAGGAUAGUAGAUGGGGUAAAGACAGUCAAAAAGAUUCGUGAUGUCGUGCAGGCCGCGAAAGCUCCGAAGCCAGUUGAAGAGUCGGAGGAGGAGGAGGAGGAGGAGGAGAGUGAGGAGGAAGAAGAGGUGGUGUAUGAAUAUGUGGAGGAGGAAGAGGACGAGGAGGAAGAGGAGGAGCGGAAGCGAUUGAGGCAGCGGAAAAGCAAAAAAUCGCGGGGUUAGGUGGAAAUUCAUAAAAUCACUUUCAACAAACACUUUCAUGUUAGUCGCAUUGAAAGCGUCCGAAUGCGUAUCUCGCGAUAGUAUUUGUUAUAUUUAUAAUUAAUCGAAGUAUGACAUUUAGGCACAUCGCUAAUGUAUUUUUUGAUGUAUUAAGAUUUAAAAUGAAUUCGAAUAUCUGAAUCUCUACUAGAAAAUCUGAAUUAAUCCAGCUCUACGCGUAAGAAUAUGUAUUUUCAUCUUUAAUUAAUUUAAUCUUUAAUUACUUAAAAAGCCAUAUUCAUUGAAAGGUGUUAAACGUCAAGUAGGCACAUAAG